AUGAGUGACAUUGGAAGAAAAGACUUUGGCGACAAAUUCACUGAGACCGUGAAGCCAGACUCUCAGAAAAGUGCUUUCGAGAAAACCAAGGAGCAAGUCACAGACCAAGCAGAUAAACUGGCGUCCAAGGUGACCCCAGACAACCAGAAGUCCUUUGCGCAGACUUUGAGCGACAAGGUUCAGUCAGGCUCGGAGAAGGCCAAGUCCGAGGCCGGCCAAAACCAGAGCAGCCUGGCCGACACUGCCACCCAGUACUUGGAUGCCGGUAAGGAGAAGUUGAACGAGGCCGUGGAGUACGUCUCUGGUGCUCUUUCCGGUGCCAAAGAGGGUGCCAAGGAUGGUGCUGACUCCACCAAGAAAUAA